GUGACGCCUGCAUUUCCGACACAACAAUACAACACCGUAUUGGUCUGCAUUCACGCUCCCACUUCCCCCCUCCCCACGUCUGGCUCUCGGUAUGGCGGACGGCGAGAGGUCCCCGUUACUAUCAGAUCUGGGAGAUGGUGCUCUUGGCAGCGGUAACGGUGGGGUGUCUCCCGGUGCAGCGCCUUACGGUGUGCCCAACAAACCACAGAGCUUCCCUCCGUUCCCUAGUCCCACUCAGCCCUCAGUGCUCCUAGGGGAGGACCCCCCGCCCUACUCUCCUCUCACCUCCCCGGAGAGCGGCAGCGCACCUGUUAUCAGCUGCAGGGUGUGUCAGAGCCUGAUCUCUGUGGAGGGAAAGAUUCACCAGCAUGUGGUGAAGUGCGGGGUUUGCAAUGAAGCUACGCCCAUUAAGAAUGCCCCAGCAGGGAAGAAGUACGUUCGCUGCCCCUGCAACUGUCUGCUCAUCUGCAAAGUCACCUCCCAGAGGAUCGCCUGUCCCCGGCCAUAUUGUAAGAGGAUAAUUAAUCUGGGUCCAGUUCAUCCUGGUCCAGCCAGUCCUGACCCCCAGCCAGCUGGGGCCCGGGUCUCCUGUGGACACUGCAGCAACACCUUCCUGUGGACAGAGUUCACAGACCGGACGCUGGCCAGGUGCCCACACUGCAGGAAAGUCUCCUCCAUUGGUCAGAGGUAUCCCCGGAGGCGAAGCUUGUGGUGUUUUCUACUCUGCUUGCUAUUCAGCAUCUCCACCGCCGGGCUGAUGGCUGGAACGUGGGUGAAGGCUCAGACCUACCAGGGGAUCUACGCCUCGUGGGCCGUGCUGCUGCUCCUGGUUCUCGUCACCUUGGCUCGGGCCUUCUACUGGGCCUGCAUGAGGGUCAGCCAGCCUCUCCAGAACUUCACAUAGAGCCCACCUCCAACUCUGCCGCUCCCUCUUCCCAACCCCAUCAAGGCAGGAGGAAAGGUGGCUUUAAAGAAAAGAAAGAAAAACACACAAAAAAACGAAUAUUUAUUUCAGUCCAACUCCAGAAAGAGAAAGUUCUCCUCCUCCUCCUGUCCCCUCCCCUUUAGUCAAAUGUGUUUCUAAAACUGGAUGGCGGUGGCUGCGACUGCUAUAUAUCUAUCGGUAAUUAUGAUGACGCGUAUAGCCUAAUGUACUGUUUAUCUGUUCUAAUAUCGUGGCCAGUGUGGGGUUCAUUUUAACAUUAUAACAGUUACAAUAUUUUCUUCUUCUCUUUGCCCCUGCGCUGUUUAUAAAUUUUGGCUUCAGUCUGUGGCACAUCGGUUGCAGCCUUGCAACUUCUAAGACGAGAGCUUGAAGCUAAGUCUUACAUGUGAAUAUUGACCCUGUUUUUUGUUUAGGGGGACGCUCCCCCUUCAGUUCUAAUUUGACAUUAUGUUUAGUACUUGAGCAUUUAACAUUUUUUUAAACCGAGAAACAAAUUAUUUUGUGAAAGCGGCGAUGAAGUCAGACGAAGCUAACAAAUCGAUGCCAGUAGAAGACGAGUGGCUGGAGGGACAUAAGCCUCCUUUUGUGAAUCAAAAGAUCAAGUAGGUGUUGAAAUGUGUCUGAAAAAUUGAAUUCAGCAGUACGUGAAGGUAGGCUAUGAUGUUUUUGAACUCAGUGUUUCUGCUGAAUUUUCCCCUGGGACUGACUUUGAUCCAAAGCAGCUUGAAAGCCUUAAAAGGAGGUGUGGUAGAAGGAUUCAACACACACAGAAACACACACACACACACACACACACAUACAUACAUACAUUCACAGCCACAUAAAUGCAUACCGGCACACAACAAAAGGAGGAUGCUCUUUUAGAGUUGCAGCGGCACACAAACCAGUUUGUCAAAGGCAUGGGCCUCUCUCUUCAAAGACAGACCUGCAAACAGAUUUUCUCCAUAUUGUUGUCCUUAUUUCGGUGAAGGAAAAAGUGACAUGCGUGCCACUUUGCAUGAAAGUUGGAUAUUUUGUUCUGGCCCUGUAACCACAUCGGUCAUCAGCAACAGCUUUACUUUUUAAAAAGUUUUUAUCUUGUUAUUUAUUUUCCUGUUAUCCCUAAUUGACAACUUCUCCAGUUUACAUAUCAUAAACAACUCCCAUUUUCAAGAGACAGAUUUACUUUAUUACACGCAUCUAUAUGGCUUCCUCUGGGUUUAAUUUUGUUCUGCUUGGCUUUCCAAAACAGACCAAAAUAUGAAACAAAACACAAAGACACGUCAGUUGGUACAACAUUGAUGUCUGCCUCUUUUCACCUGCAAAACCCUGUAGGUAUAAUAUCUGUUUUGGAAUUGCUGUCUGUUGUUGGUUGUAAGCUUUCAUGCUUACAAACGGCACUAUAUAUUUGUCUUAGGAGAGGACUAGGAGCUGAAUUUUAAGGGCCUGUCUGUCUGUUUUGCUAGCUGAUCUGUGAAAGCAAAAAAAAAGAAA